AUGCCUCCUAAGCAAGAUGUCACUCUCUCGCCUUUGAGUAUUUUCACUUGCCUUGCAAUGACGUAUGGUGGAGCUCAAGGAAAGACAGCCAAAGAAAUGCAAAGUGUACUUCAUAUCGAGUCUGAUAAUAUUCAUCAAGCAUUGCAGAUAAUUUUACGUGCUAUAAUAGGCUCCGACAAUCAGAGUGGACAUACAUUUAAAGCGGCCAACAGAUUAUUCUUCAGUACUAACUAUUCCUUGUUGCCCCAGUAUCUUGACUUAACCAAAACCUUUUAUAAUGCCCAACCCCAAUCUGUCAAUUUUAGUCACGCUGCUGAAGCCGCUGGAAUUAUCAAUACUUGGGUUGAGAACCAGACUGCUAAGAAAAUCAAAGACUUAAUACCUGCUUCAGGUAUUAAUCCUUUGACUCGAUUAAUACUGGUAAACGCUCUCUAUUUUAAAGGCAACUGGAGUGAUAAAUUUGAUAAAAAUCUUACUCAAAAAAUGGAUUUCAAGAUUGAUAACAGCAAUAAAGUUCAAGUUCACAUGAUGUCCAAAACCAAGAAAUUAAACUACAUGGCUGAUAUGGAUAUUGGAUUUCAAAUGGUGGAAUUGCCUUACGCCCAUGAUAGCUUAAGCAUGUUUGUAAUAUUGCCCAGGGAUAUUGAUGGCAUUAAUUCAUUAUGUAAACAUAUUAAUAGUGCAAACUUGCAGCAAUGGAUUGUAAAUCUAUCAUUGCCACGAUUUAAAAUGACGUAUCAAACCGCAUUAUCUGAUUUAUUACGAAAUUUAGGAAUGAUUGAUGCAUUUGAUAACAAGAAUGCAGAUUUUAGUAAGAUGUGUAGCGAUAACGAUCUUUACAUUACGGAGAUUUUUCAUAAAGUAUUCAUAGAGGUAAAUGAAAGAGGUACGGAAGCAGCCGCAGCUACUGGAGCUGUAGCAAGAUACAAAACAAGAUCUAAACGACCUCCACUCAUUAAAGUGAUGACAGUAGAUCAUCCAUUCGUAUUUAUGAUGUAUCAUAAAUCGAGCGGAUCAACAUUAUUCUUAGGUAAAAUGUAUAAUCCAGCAAUAAACCCUUCAGUUAGGUAA